UUUAAAUAGCCAGAUGAUCCGAACACGGCAUCUAUCGUUAGAAAGAUGACGAUCAUACUACUGCUCCUCACGCUGAGCGCGACAGUCACUCAAAUUCAUUCCGCGAGAAUAUUGGCCGUUCUCCAGACGCCGUCCAUCAGCCACCAACUUCCAUUCAGACCGGUCAUCAAUGAGCUGGUCAACAGAGGACACGAGGUGGUCGUCAUCACUACAGACCCUCAAUACCCCAAGACAGGAGCACCAAAGAAUCUAACAGAAAUAGAUGUCCAUGAUGUAUCAUACAGGAUUUGGAAUGAAUUGAUGAAUGAUGUGAUGAAAGCUGAUGAGGGAAUUGUAGACCAAGUCCUCAAAGUUUAUAAGUACCUGGCUAUCGUUUUCGACGCUCAGUUGGAAUUAAAGGAAGUCAAGGACAUCGUAAAUAAGAGAAAAGGUGACUUCGACUUGCUGAUAGUGGAAGGAGUGGUCAGACCGGCCUUGGCUUUUUCGCAUGUGUACAAAGUGCCCGUAAUUCAGAUAAAUUCUUUGGGUCCGGUGAUAUUCAAUGAUCAUUAUAUUGGUGCAUUCACACACCCCAUCCUGUAUCCUCAUCCGUGGAACAACAAAAUAUAUAACCUGACGAUGUGGGAGAGGAUUAGAAAUAUUUACAAUAUUUAUAAAUUUAAAUACAUCUACGAUUAUCAUAUUGGAGCGUAUGAGAACGAAGUGCUGAGGAAAUAUUUUGGACUGGAUAUACCGCCAAUAGACGAGAUGCUGAAGAAUAUUCAGAUGUUGAUUCUGAACGUCCAUCCACUGUGGACUGAUAACCAGCCAGUGCCUCCGAAUGUUAUCUACAUGAACAACGUACAUGUGACGAAGCGCAAAGAAUUGCCAAAGGAUCUUAAAUCUUUCUUAGACUCAUCUAAAAACGGAGUAGUGUACUUUAGUUUUGGAAGCAAUGUCAUACCAUCAGCGCUACCAUCAGACAAAGUCAAGAUUUUACUCGAAACAUUGUCCAAAUUGCCCUAUGAUGUGCUAAUGAAAUGGGACACCGAAGAAAUACCAAUAAAGGCUAAAAAUAUCAAAGUUUCCAAGUGGCUCCCACAAUCAGAUAUCUUGAUGCAUCCGAAAAUCAAAGUAUUCAUCACACAAGGGGGACUACAGUCAUUAGACGAGGCAUUAAUAGCAGGAGUGCCCGUAAUAGGAAUACCACUUUUCACUGAUCAGUGGUACAACGUAGCAAAAUUCGAGAAACACCACAUAGGAAUAAGAAUUUUUAUAGAAGAACUCACCGAGGAAGCGCUCACCGAUGCUAUUAAUAAAAUCAUAUAUUCAGAUAAGAGCUAUCGCGAGAACAUGGUGCGGCUAUACAAUCUGAUGCAGGACCAGCCCCAGCCGCCAUUGGAGAGGGUGGUGUGGUGGAUAGAGCACGUCAUCCGACACGGUUCUGCCGCCCACAUGAUGCCCACCACAGCCAACAUAGGCUGGGUAGAACUGCUGCAGCUUGAUAUCGUUGUAGUCGUAGUUUCAGCAAUCAGUUUUAUGCUGGUUGUGUUAGUGUAUGUUUUAUACAAAGUUUAUAAAUACUUACAGCGGAUUAGAAUACGUAAGCUGAAGAAAUAUUAGAUAAUGAUAUUUUUGGAUAUGCUUAACCUCUGGGCUCUGACUAAAAAUAUAUUUAGCGACUACUAUUACAAGGUUUGCUACCAAGAUAAAGACAGCAGACUGUCAAAAGUAUGGUCAAAAGUAAUACGCCGCAUAAAUCCUACUAAUAUUGUAAAUGCGAAAGUGUGUCUG